AUGGGUGUUAAGAUACGCAGUAGCGAACCAGAGGUUUCGAAGGGGGUUGUCUCCCCAAGGCGUGUGGAUAUCCCCGAACGGGAAUUUACUUUUGUGUGUUGGGGUCUUCGUGGCCAGGGGAUUCCCGGUGUACUUACUCGGAUGCAAUUCUGGCCUACAUUCGGGCGUUCUCCACGGAUGUCAUGCCGCAGCGUCAACGUCUAUAUGGAAUCAAAUAUCGUUCCUAUUAUUGUGAACUCUGAAAUGGUCCCUGUUAAGGAUAUCGCAGCCGGGAACCUAUGGGAUGGCGACCGAUUGGGGCUUCGGAUUGACCAUUGA